AUGUCAAGCCCAGUCUAUAACCACACAAACAAUAAAAGACUAACCCUUAUUAAGGCGCCAUUCUCUGGUGGUCAAGGUAAAGGUGGUGUUGAAGAUGGUCCUGCUAAAUUGAUUGAAUUUGGCCUGCUAAAGGAUAUAGAAGCCCUUGGAUGGGAGUAUACUGUUGAAGAUCCACUGUCGGAUUUCGAUACUGAAGAAAUGAAGGCAGAUAAAAGUGACGUUUUCGGGAACUGUAAGAGACCAAGUAUGGUUUCCAAGUGUUGUGAAAAGAUCUACAAAUCUGUCUCAGAUGCAUAUGCUACAAAGAGCUUCCCAUUAACAGUUGGUGGUGACCAUGCAAUUGGUAUGUCGACCAUCUCUGCAUUUAUCCACAACAACCCGGACGGUGGUAUCAUCUGGGUGGAUGCCCACGCAGAUAUUAACACUCCAAGCACGACUGAAUCGGGUAACUUGCACGGGUGUCCUGUAGCCUUUGCAAUGGGCUUAGAAAUUGAAACUUGGCCUCCACACUUUAAGUGGUUGGCGGAGCUCUCAAACUUUGUCAAGCCAGAACAGAUCACAUAUAUCGGUCUCAGAGACGUUGACGCCGGCGAAAAGAAAAUCCUUAGAGACCUCGGUAUAACUGCAUUUUCAAUGUACCAUGUCGAUAAGUAUGGUAUUAAUGAAGUCGUCCAAAGGGCGAUGAAGGCUGUCUGUCCAACAGGUAAAACCCCUAUCCAUUUGAGUUACGACGUCGAUGGUAUUGAUCCAAUGUACGUUGUAGCAACCGGUACCCCUGUCAGAGGAGGACUCACUCUAAGAGAAGGUUUGUUCCUUGUUGAAGAAAUUGCCCAAUCCGGUAAUUUGGCUGGUGUUGAUAUCGUCGAAGUCAACCCUGCACUAGCGUCAACAGAAAUGCAUAUCGUCGAUACCGUUAACACAGGUCUCUCUAUUGCCAGAUGUGCCUUAGGCGAUACGUUGUUAUAA